AUGGUUCUUGAGGCUUUUGUUGUGGGCGGGGGGAGCGCGGUGCAUGCCGGGAGCUGGGGAAUUCCCAACACGAGGACGACUGCGGCUCUGCCUCCGGGAACCGAAUACAGUUUUCUGCCACCAAUGGACCCCCCAAGCGAGGGCGCUAUGGAGCCCCCUCUGAGUCAGGAGACCUUUGAGGACCUCUGGAGCCUGUUGCCGGCGGAUAAUAUUGCGGGGGUCAGCUGUGCGGAGGAGAACCUCCUGGACUUUGAGUACCCGCUGCCGCCCGUCAUGUCUGCCUUACAGGAGGGGGGGGUGAGCAGUACCUUCGUCCCAGCCCCCCACUCGGCCGUCCCUUCCACUGAAGACUACCCGGGCCUUCAUGGCUUAAGCCUGGAGUUCCAGCAGAAUGGGACGGCCAAGUCCGUCACCUGCACAUACUCUCCUGUCCUCAACAAGCUCUUCUGCCAGUCGGCCAAGACCUGCCCCGUCCUCAUCCGGGUGCCCAACGCUCCCCCCGGGGGCUCCGUGCUGCGCGCUGUGGCCGUUUACAAGAAGUCAGAACAUGUGGCCGAGGUUGUCAGACGCUGCCCCCACCACGAGAGAAGCCUGGAGCCUGGAGACGACUCUGCUCCCAGAAAUCACCUGAUCCGUGUAGAAGGCAACUCUCGGGCGUGUUACGCGGAGGACACCAAUGGGCGGCACAGUGUCUGCGUGUCAUAUGAGGAGCCACAGGUGGGCUGUGAGUUCACGGUUCUCCUCCUGAACUACAUGUGUAACAGUUCCUGUAUGGGCGGCAUGAACCGGCGGGCAAUCAUGACCAUCAUUACAUUGGAGUCUAAAGAGGGCUACCUCCUGGGACGUCGCUGCUUUGAGGUUCGUAUCUGUGCUUGUCCUGGAAGAGAUCGCAGGACAGAGGAGGAAAAUUGCUUGAAGAAGGAGCUGAAGACCAGUUUGAAGAGAGCUGUGCAGGGCUCGCCUGUUUCGGAUGCUGCUCUUCCCAAGAAGAAGAAGGAUCUUAAUGAAGAGGAGACCUUCACCCUCCAGGUGAAGGGUCGUGAGCGCUACGAGAUGCUGAAGAAGAUAAAUGAUGCCCUGGAGCUACAGGACAAGGUCGAUCAGCAGAUACUGACCCUGAAAUGUAGGAAAUGUCGGGAUGAUAUCAAACCCAAAAAAGGGAAGAAGCUGCUGGUAAAAGAUGAGCAGGACUCUGAGUGACAAGAAUCCAAGCUCUUCCACUGUUCCCCCUAAUACUCCCUGCACCCCGCUUUUCUAACCAUCACUGCCAAUUGUAUUGUUUUUUUGUUUUUUUUAAAAUAAAAUGUAACCUUUAAUUA